AUGCCUUCAUCAAUCGCCAACAAAGUCUUUAUUGUCACUGGCAGUGCAUCCGGAAUGGGCCUUGCCACAGCGACCAAACUACUCGCCAAGGGUGCAUUCCUAGGAUUAUGUGAUAUAAACGAAGAAGGUUUAUCCAUACACCUUCAAUCGCUCAACGAAGACCAAAAAAGCAAAGUCAUCACACAUGUUGUGGAUAUUACAAACCGCCCAACCUUCGCCUCAUUCCUACAAUUAACGAAAGAGAAAUUCGGCCGAAUCGACGGAAUAGCCAACUUCGCAGGCACAGCGGGCCAUAGGCUGGGCCAUCAAGAGAUUCACGAGAUAGACGAGAAGGAAUACGACUUCGUCAUGGACAUUAACGUUAGAGGGGUUUUCAAUAUUCUCAGCGAAGUACUCAAACCGGGUUUAUUACAGGAACCGGGUAGUAUCGUCCAUGCUGCAAGCAUGUAUUCCGAACGGGGGUUUGCAAAGGGUUCUAUUUAUAGUGCUAGUAAACAUGCCUGUAUUGGGUUGGUGAAGAGUGCUGCGAUUGAGGCGGGUAAGAGGGGGAUUCGAGUUAAUGCUGUGUUGCCUGGCCCAAUUGAUACUCCUAUGCUUCGUGGGAAUGUGGACAGCGGUGGUGAGGGCACUGCUCCUGAUGUGUCGCUGGGUAGACUUGGUAUGGCGUUGGAGGUUGCGGAUGUCGUUGCGUUUCUUUUGAGUGAUGAGGCUGGGUAUGUUACGGGGGCUACUUGGGCGGUGGAUGGUGGGGCGAACGCUUGA